CGAUUGAUUGUCCGGCAAGAUAUCAUCUUGCAUUCGUCGUGUAUCGUGCGGAUGCCGAAUCGCAUGUUUAUUUCGUUUAAUCAUUUAUCACGAGCAUAAACAAUAGUAACAAUAACUUUUAAUCUAUUGACGAAAGUGAUAAUAAAAGAGGAAAAAAUUGCAAUAUAAAAAACUCUUACAUAUUCUUCUUGAGAUUAGUUCUUCGUAAUAAUUGUGAUACGCGAGCAUAGUACGCAAAUCAUUUGCUCAAUUUCUUGAAUUUAUAUAUUGCGAAUAAUGAACGAAAACGAAACACAGAAAGAAAAUUUAAUGUUGGAAACUAAAAAGGAUGUUCCAUGUGAUGAGAGUGAUAGUAACAACAAACAAAGCACAAACUUUUCUUUGUCAGAUACAGUACGUGACAAUCUUGAAAAAGAAAUGCUAAAUUAUGUGUGUAACAGUGCAGCAAUUUUCAAAAGCCAACAGAAGGGAGAACCUGAAUUGACGUUUGAGGAAAAACGUGUCAUAGCUAAGCAACUGCUGGAAAAGAACCACUGCUUGUUCCUGUCUAAGUUUGGACAUUAUCUGAAGGAAGAACAUCUAGAAUAUUUUAGCAAAAAUGAAGAUUAUGAAACAGCUUAUCAUAUAAGCAGGUUACGGAGAUACUUCAAUAAUUUAACACGACAUGUUGAUGUCAGAAAUAGAAGGUAUGAAGCUCUGAAGACACUGAUAGAGAAGGGAGAGUACUUCAGUGAGUGUGAGAUGAUGAAAAGAAAUCCGUUAUUAUAUGAACACUUGGUAGGGCAGUACUUGACAGAAGAGGAGAAGAAAGCUAGAGACAGUGUCACGCGCAAUGCAAAUUAUGUGGAUAUACUUAUGGAGACUAUCGAGAGAGACAAACUGCAAAAAUACUUGAAAUCCCAACAAAAGGAAGAAGACAGUGUUCGUGAGGAGAAUGAUUCUGAUGAUGAUGAUGAUGAUGAUGAUAAUAGUAAUGGUGAUGAUAAUGAUGGAAAGGACAGUGUCACAUCCAAGACAAGUAGUUCCAAUAAACAAAUUUGUUUUCAUUGGGGAUACUUAGAUGAGAUAGAUAAUAAUGAUAAAGACAGAAAUAAGACAUUACAAAAUAGUAAAGUACGACACAAGGUAUCAAAUGAAGAAAUACAAUUGCUCAGACAGGAAUUUCUCACAAACAUGUAUCAGAGUUUUCUAGAUGGUAAAGAUAGAGAUUUUGAUUAUAGCACUGUGGAUGACAAUGAGGCUUAUGAUAAUGUAGAAUUAAGGAAUCAAGAUGAAGAAGAAAAGUACUUUGAUUCUGAAUCCCCUGAAACUGUGCUUCCACAUAACAAAAGCAAUGACCAAAGCGAAUCUGAAGAUGAACUGGAUGCAUAUAUGAGAACACUGAAGCCAAUGACACCUGCCAUGACGGGAAUGGAAGAUCAAGAAAAACUGCUGGAGGAUGCGAUUGGCGUGGUGAAAGUACAAGCUUUUCAGAUGAAACACUGUCUUGACAAAUCCAAACUGAUGGAUGCUCUCAAACACGCCUCUACUAUGCUGGGGGAACUUAGGACUUCGCUUCUAAGUCCAAAGAGCUAUUACGAGUUGUACAUGGCAAUCACAGAUGAACUACGGCACUUAGAACUUUAUUUGCUGGAUGAAUUCCAGAAAGGAAGAAAAGUUACAGACCUAUACGAAUUAGUGCAAUAUGUUGGCAAUAUUGUACCUAGACUCUAUUUACUUAUCACCGUUGGUCUGGUUUACAUCAAGACCACUCCUGGCUUAAAAAGAGAUCUUCUGCGAGAUCUUGUGGAAAUGUGCAGGGGUGUGCAACAUCCUUUGCGAGGUUUAUUCUUGAGAAAUUAUCUAUUACAAUGCACAAGAAACAUUCUGCCAGAUGUCGCUGAAAGUGAAGACGAGGAUGGAACUGUCCGUGACAGCAUAGAUUUUGUUCUCAUGAAUUUUGCAGAAAUGAAUAAAUUGUGGGUACGCAUGCAACAUCAGGGUCACAGUAGAGAUAGAGAGAGAAGAGAAAGGGAAAGGGAAGAGCUUAGAAUUUUAGUGGGAACAAAUCUUGUACGACUUAGUCAACUGGAGUCUGUGACAUUAGAUAAAUACAAGAAGCUUGUAUUGCCAGGCAUUUUGGAGCAGGUAGUUAGUUGCAGAGACGCAAUAGCACAAGAAUAUCUUAUGGAGUGUAUAAUUCAGGUGUUUCCCGACGAAUUUCAUUUGCAAACGUUAAAUGCAUUUCUCAAGUCCUGUGCAGAAUUGCAAACUGGAGUGAAUGUUAAAAACAUAAUUAUAUCGUUGAUUGAUCGGCUUGCAGCCUUUAGUCAACGGUCCGACGGUGUAGGAGGGCCAGGAAGUCCUAAUCAAGUGCCAGGAAUUCCACAAGACGUUAAGCUUUUUGAUGUAUUCAGUGAUCAAAUUGCAACUAUCAUACAGACAAGACAAGAUAUGCCUCCUGAAGAUAUCGUGUCGCUCCAAGUAGCUCUCAUAAAUUUAGCACAUAAAUGCUAUCCCGAUCGAGUGGAUUAUGUAGAUAAAGUUUUAUUCACCACCGUCCAGAUAUUCCAGAAACAAAAUGUCGACAAACUGGAGUAUAAUAGCGCCGUUUCGAGAGAAUUAGUGAGAUUAAUGAAAAUUCCUGUAGAUAAUUAUAAGAACAUAUUAACCGUGCUGAAACUUGAACACUAUGCACCUCUACUGGAUUACUUCGAUUAUGAGGGCCGAAAACUGCUGGCUAUUUAUAUAAUAACAAAUAUCUUAGAAAACGAAACAUUGAUACCAACGCAGGAGCAAGUAGACGCAGUACUGUCCAUGGUGUCACCCUUGGUACAAGAUCAGCCGGAUCAACCUAACAUAGAGGAAGAUCCCGAAGAUUUCGCCGAGGAGCAGGGAUUACUCGGCAGACUGAUACAUCAUUUUAAGUCUGAGACGGCGGAUCAGCAGUAUAUGAUACUAAGUGCCGCAAGAAAGCACUUCAGCACUGGCGGUAACAAAAGAAUAAAGUACACUUUGCCGCCUAUAGUUUUCCAAAGUUAUCAAUUGGCUUUCACAUAUAAAGGAUUGAAAGAUCAAGAUGACAUAUGGCAAAAGAAAUGUCAGAAAAUCUUUCAGUUCUGUCACACUACUAUCACGGCUCUGAUGAAGGCUGAAUUGGCUGAAUUACCUUUAAGGUUAUUUCUGCAAGGCGCGAUAGCGAUUGGUGAAAUCCGUUUCGAUAAUUUCGAGGUGGUUGCUUAUGAAUUCAUGAGCCAAGCCUUCUCGAUAUACGAAGACGAGAUAAGCGACUCGAAGGCGCAGCUUGCGGCGAUUACCUUGAUCAUCGCCACAUUCGAACAAAUGAGUUGCUUUGGCGAAGAAAAUGCAGAGCCGGUGCGCAAUCAAUGCGCUCUAUACGCCAGUAAAUUGUUGAGAAAACCUGAUCAAUGUAGAGGUGUCGCAACUUGCUCACACAUAUUUUGGUCGGGAAAGUCUUUAGCUACAGACGGAAAAGAGAUGCAAGAAGGUGGUAAAGUGUUAGAUUGCUUGAAGAAAGGUAUUAGGAUAGCGAGCCAAUGUAUGGACACGUCGGUGCAAGUGCAACUAUACGUAGAGUUACUGAAUCAUUAUAUUUACUUCUACGAGAAAGGAAAUACAGCCGUGACUGUGCAAAUAUUAAAUCAAGUAAUUGCGAAAAUUAGAGAGGAACUUCCCAAUUUGGAAGCGAGUGAGGAAACUGAUCAGAUACAAAAACAUUUAGCAAACACGUUAGAACAUUUAAGAAAUAGGAUGGAAUCACCAGAAUCUGAUGGACUUUCUUAUCAGGACCUUGUACUUUAACAACGCGGAAUCGGCACUGUAAUUUUGUAAAUAAUACAUUUUUAGAAUACAAAACUCGUCCGAUUGCGCCAACAAUUUGCAUUGAUCCCGAUUAAUUCAAUUCUCAUUUUCAAUCUUUAUUGUAAACAAAACUGUACGAAGAGAUUCUGUGACAGAAUAAGUCAACAAUUGUUGUCGCAACUAACUAACGAUUCUGAGAUCAUACAUUUCACAGUUUAUAAGUGGAUGUUCAAAUUGUAUCAAAUUGCCUACAUUAGAUGACUGUUAACAAUAUAUCGAAUAUAUAGGAAUUCAUAUAGAAUAAUAUGUAUAUUUGUUUUAAUAAAAGUUUAUUAUAUAUA